CAUCAUAAAAAACCUAUCUUUUUCUCUUACGAUGCUCUAGUGGUUAAUAUUUCAUGCUGACUCUUAUCACUUGGUUAAUUUGGCGAUCGAAGCAGCAAUGAUAAGACUCUUCAAGAUCAAGGACCAGAGGAAGGAAGAAGCUGCGAAUGCGAAUGGAAGAGCACCUGCAAAGAAACAAAGUGCAGGAGAAUUGCGUCUUCACAAAGAUAUUAGUGAGCUGAACUUACCAAAGACAACUACUAUUGCUUUUCCCAAUGGCAAAGAUGAUUUGAUGAAUUUUGAGAUCAGCAUUCGGCCUGAUGAAGGAUAUUAUCUAGGUGGUACAUUUACAUUCACCUUCCAAAUCUCUGCUUCUUACCCCCAUGAGCCGCCUAAAGUAAAGUGCAAGACAAAGGUGUAUCAUCCUAAUAUUGACCUUGAGGGCAAUGUCUGCCUGAACAUUCUGCGUGAAGACUGGAAGCCUGUUCUCAACAUAAACACUGUUAUUUAUGGCCUGAACCUUCUUUUCACGCAACCCAACGAUGAGGACCCGCUAAAUCACGAGGCAGCUGCUGUUCUACAUGACAACCCGAGAUUGUUCGAGACCAAUGUGAGGAGGGCAAUGGCUGGCGGAUAUGUCGGUAAUACUUACUUCACGAGAUGCAUAUAAAUGAAACACCUUCAGAAUACCUCUCAACAUUCGCAAGCAUUGUAUGUAAACCUUUAAGAACUGAGCUGGCCCAAAGUGCUGUAAAAUCUAAGGUGACUGAUUGCGGGUACUCUGGAAACUCUUCGUGCGUGUAAUUUGAACUUUGAGCUGUAGCGUGUGAACUUGAAAAUUUGCUGACUUUUUGGAUAUUUUUUUAUUGACUUUCUUGGUGAAAUCUGAGAUAUAUGUACCGCAACUAUGGUAAUAUAGUGGAUUAUGCUCUUCCUUAUUA